UUUUGCCUCCCAUAAAUUAAGCUUUAAAGUUUAAACAAUACUGAUCUGUUCUGCAUCAGAAUGAUCUGAACGGAUUCUAUACUUUACUUUAAAUUGGUAGUCAGUUGAGCACUUAUGGAUUAUUUGACAAGUUGGAGCAAAGACCCUAAAUUUAGCAUUAGAAUAGUUAAUAUGAUUUCAGCUUUUUGAAAAAAUAACAUUAAUUCCUCCUAACUUCAACAACGACAGGUCAACACCAAUUCUUUAUUUAAUAAUCAGGUUUUUCUGGUACAAUAAUCACUAAGCAUUUCUAUAUCAGGAAAAGAAAAAAAAAACUGAAGAUAAGUUCUUCUAGCAAUGGCUAAUCCUCUUUGUUGUAUCAUUUCCUUCCUAACAGUACUAAUACUCUUCUUAACAUCAUCGAUUUCUGCUCAAACUAGGGGAAAUAUACCGGUCAAUAAAUUUCUUACAGCUAGUAACAAUGGUUCUCAAUGGCUUUCUCCAUCAGGAGAUUUUGCCUUUGGGUUUAAUCAGUUUCUCAACAGCAGUACUAAUCUCUACUUGCUUUCUAUCUGGUAUGCAAAGAUCCCAGAUACAAUCAUUUGGUAUGCAAAUGAUGGAAAUCCUGUUCCUCAAGGAUCAACUGUUACAAUAACUGCUACUGAGGGAUUACUCCUCAGUGAUCCCAAGGGUGCCCACAUAUGGAAUACCUCUGCUGGUUUAGGUGGUGCUAGAGAUGUUGGAUUUGGAGUUAUGAAUGAUACCGGGAAUUUCAUUCUCACAAGUAAAAGCAAUAGCAAUCCUGUUUGGCAAAGCUUUGAUCAUCCAACAGACACUUUGCUUCCUACACAGAUCAUGAACCUAGAUGGGACAGUUGAUUGUCGACUUUCAGAUACUAAUUUCACCAAAGGCAGUUUCCAAAUGCACCUCCAACGAGAUGGGAAUGUAGUCUUUAAUAUCAUGGUUCCUAUUCUUUACACUGCUUAUGCUGAUCCUUAUUUUGUAACUAUGACAUGGAAACCUCCAACACAAGGUAACCAAGUGAUCUAUGACGAGUUGGGAAGUAUGUACGUUGUGGCAGCAAAUGGGUCUGUGCUGUAUAAUUUCAUCCCCAAAGAUAAGAUAGUUUCGGUCAGAGAUUACUACCAGAGAGCCACUAUGACCUCUGAUGGGAUUCUUACAUGGUAUUAUCACCCAAGAAAGUUCAGCAAAAACGAUGGAGUGGGAUGGUCCAAGAUUUAUUCAGAACCAGGUAAUAUCUGUACUGUACGAUGUGGGUAUAACAAUAUUUGCAGCUAUGAUGUAGUGGCUCAAAGUCUUAGAUGUGAUUGCCCGCCUAAUUAUUCACUAAUGGAUCCUGAUGACAAGUAUGGGAGCUGCAAACCAGAUUUUGACUUAUGGGAAAAAGAUAAACAGGGUCCCAGUGGUAAUGUGGAGUAUAAGCUAGUGCCACGAGAAAACACGGAGUUCAGUUUAGAAAAAUGUGAUGGGAAAUUUAAACAUGUCAAUGAAGAAAAUUGCAAAAGUUCAUGUCUUGAUGAUCGUUACUGUGCUGCUGUGAACUGGGUAUCUGAUAAUGGGGGUACUUGUUGCAAGAUGAAUCCGCUAUUCUUGGGUGGAAAUCAGGCAGCUGGUAGUGAAGGAAAAACUAUUUGGUUUAAGGUAGGCAAUGGUUCAUCCUCCACUGACCAAUUUGUUCCUUCUGCUGAUCGUAUUUUAGAAAAGAAAGCCAGGAUGAAUGCUGUGGUUUCAAUUCUAUUAGGUGGCUCUGUCUUUGUCAAUUUUAUUCUAUUACUUUUGGGAAUUUUCUUCAUUUACUACAAGAAACAGCUCAAAAUAGUUUCCAUAGCCGGCGAUGAGUAUAGUAGUAAUGUUAGCUGUUUCAGCUACAAAGUUCUUGAGGAUGCAACUAAUGGGUUUAAAGAAGAGUUAGGAAGAGGGGCUUUUGGGGUUGUUUACAAAGGUAUAAUAGGAGCUAGUGGUUCCUCAAUUCUUGUAGCCGUGAAAAAGUUGGACAGAAUUUCCAACAAUGCUGAUAAAGAGUUUGAAACUGAAGUAAAUGUCAUUGGCAAGACUCAUCACAAGAAUCUAGUCCAACUUGUUGGAUUUUGCAAGGAAAAUGAUCAACGCAUGUUAGUGUAUGAAUACAUGAGCAACGGCAGCUUAGCAGAUUACCUAUUUGGUGAUCAAAGGCCGAGUUGGGUAGCAAGGAUCAAAAUUGCACAAGGGAUAGCCGGAGGUUUAACGUAUUUGCACCAGCAGUGCAUCACACAGAUAAUCCAUUGUGAUAUAAAGCCUCAAAAUAUACUCAUAGAUGACUAUCAUAAUGCUCGUAUUUCUGAUUUUGGGAUGGCAAAACUUAUGGCUCUAAAUCAAACUCAUACAAAUACAGCAAUCAGAGGGACUAAAGGGUAUGUUGCACCUGAAUGGUUCAGAAACAAACCGGUAACAACCAAGGUAGAUGUCUAUAGCUUUGGGGUACUUUUGUUGGAAAUCAUAUGUUGUCGAAAAAAUGUGAGUAUUGAACUCUUUGAAGUGGAAGGAAAAAUUUUAACAGACUGGGCGUUUGAUUGCUACCAAUCUAACACGAUAGAAAAUCUGGUUGGUAAUGAUUUAGAGGCACUAAAUAACAGGCUACAGUUAACCAGAUUUGUGAUGAUUUCCCUUUGGUGUAUCCAAGAAGAUCCAAAUCUAAGACCAAGUAUGACAUUGGUCACACAGAUGCUAGAAGGCCAUGCUGAAGUGCCUCCCCCUCCUUGUCCAACUUCAUUUUCUACCUAAAUGGAACCAAUUCCCAGGAUAAAUGUCUGAAGUUUUUCCUACUUUAUAUAAUCCUCAUA